UCAUAUUAGUGCAGAACACUGUACCUUUAAUUUAAAUGCCCUUGGAGUCUGCUGGGGAAGAGAAAUAAUACUGUCAGUCAGUAUGACAUGCAGAUGAGUGCCGUCGAUCUUAGAAUCACCGCACACUUCACUCAUUUGGGCAGUCACGGGGCCAAAACCACAGUGUGGAGCCACAGUGUGGCGGUGGAGGCAGCAGCAAUGGGGCCAUACAGCACCCUAUGACAAAAAUGGAACCCACCAGCAGUGUGAGGAGACCUGAAAGUGGCACAUGGCAGAGUGUGGCGAUGGAGACAGCAGCAAUGGGAGGCCGUACAGGGACCCAU